CCCCCACGCCGGUCCCCCGCCUCGUCCCUGCCCUCGCAAUAUCGCCACCUCGGAAGCGAGUCAUGGUGGCGGCGGUGGCGGCGGCGUGGCUGCUGCUGUGGGCCGCAGCCUGCGAGCAGCGGGAGCAGGACUUCUACGCCUUCAAGGCGGUCAACAUCCGGGGCAAACUGGUGUCGCUGGAGAAGUACCGCGGCUCGGUGUCCCUGGUGGUGAACGUGGCUAGCCAGUGUGGCUUCACAGACCAGCACUACCGAGCCCUGCAGCAGCUACAGCGGGACCUGGGUCCCCACCACUUCAAUGUGCUUGCCUUUCCCUGCAACCAGUUUGGCCAGCAGGAGCCUGACAGCAACAAGGAGAUUGAGAGCUUUGCCCGCCGCACCUACAGUGUCUCAUUCCCCAUGUUUAGUAAGGUCGCCGUCACCGGCACUGGUGCCCACCCUGCCUUCAAGUACCUGACAGAGACUUCUGGGAAGGAGCCCACCUGGAACUUCUGGAAGUAUCUAGUGGCCCCAGAUGGAAAGGUGGUAGGAGCUUGGGACCCAACUGUGUCAGUGGAGGAGAUCAGACCCCAGAUCACAGCGCUUGUGAGGAAGCUCAUCCUGCAGAAGCGAGAAGACUUAUAACCACUAUUUUCUACUCUUCCACCACCCCAGCCCAUCCACCUAUCCCCACCAAGGCAAACUCAGAUGGUGCUUCAAAGGGAGAGAUCCGCUGGCUCUCCUUCCUCCACUCUUACUCUACCUGUCCCGUCACUCCUGUGGGGAAAAAAUUCUAAUAUUUUGACUAUUUGAAUCUUAGAGCAACAAAUAGGAACUUUUGGGCAAUGAGAACUCUAGCCCAGUGAAUCACCAGCCAAUAAGAACCUCUAGCCAGUGAAAACAUGUGGCAAAUAGAAGUAUCAAGCAAUAAUAUCCCACCCCAUUAAGACUUCUGUAAAAUGGGACCAAUUCCUACCUCACAGGGCUGUUGUGAGGCUUGGGAUGAAAUAUCUGUGAAAGUGCCUAGGGCAGUGCUAGCUAACUAGGAGACAUUCAAUAAACAUUUUUUGCAUAUAAAUGAAAAAAUAACUUGCAUUCAAUAAAAACUCUCAUCCAACAUGAAUUUCUAGCCAGUGGGAUUCCAGAGGAAACAUUUAGUACUUCUUGUUGUUUCCUCUGUAUUAUUUUUUUAAUUAUAAAACAAUUGCAAGUUCAUUGUGAAAAUCCAAACAACACAGCACAAUAUAAAAUAAAACAUGAAAGUAUCCUCUUUAUUUCCUAUAAUUUCACUCGCUGUUAGUAACUCAGUAUAAAGGCUUCCAGGCCUAUUUUAAAUCAAGCUCAAUAAUUGCUCAAUAAGAAUUCGCUGACCAAAAGUAUACUACAAUAACAAAUAGGCAAAGGAUAUGAAUAUUUAAUUCACAGAAGAAUAUAGGAUAUGAAAAGAUGUUCAGCCUCAUUCAAGGUAGACAGAUUUUUAAAAUGAUAAUACCAAUUGUUGGUAAGGAUGUGGGGAAAUGGGCAUUCACAUAAACCAUUGGUGGGACAAUAAACUGGCAUAAGUUUUUGGAGGGUGA